CACGAUCAACCCAUCCCCCCUUUAGAAAUGGAAUACAAAGGGGCGGCCAAGGCCGCCUCUCAGCGGAGGCAGUGGGCGGAGCAGCCCCACCGGGGCUGGCGCUCGCUUGUUGCGAUGCGACACGUGCUCCCUCGCACUUCAGUGCUAUACGUCCCUCCUGCCGCUCGUGGAUGUGAUGCCAGGGGCUCCCAAGCUUGCCUCGACUCUUUCGUCACUCUCGGCUUCUCCUCGCCCUCUAGCCCUAUGAUGUCCCACGACCUGGAGCUGGCCUACUGGGCCCUCAGCGCCCUGGGGAUCCUCGUCAUGGUGGCCGUCUUCGUCUACUUCAUCUACAAGAGCCACAAGGAGCGCGUGCGGCGCAAGGCCGACUCGCUCCGCGCCUACGACGCCGCCUUCGGACCCGACGAGAGCGAGGAACCCAUCUUCGUCCCCCAGCCUCCUUAGGUGCCAGUGCCUCCAUGGGUGCCAGUGACUCCAUGGGUGCUCAGGCUCCCCUUGGUGGCCAUCGCCACGGACGAAAAAAACUCUGAUGGAAGGUGUGGGUAUUUGUGAUGGCCAUUUCCCUGUGACUUGUGAUACGAAUUUGUUUCUUUUUUUUUUGUACAGAAAUAUAUGGGCUUAUUCUCUUA